AUGGCGGCCAGCCCCAGCCCCGCGUCCCCGGCGUCCCCGCUCCUCGUGCGGGUGCCCGCGUCCGCGCCCGGUCUGCACAGGAAGCUGGAGAGCUACUUCCAGAGCCGGAGCUCGAACGGGGGCGAGUGCACGGUCAGGCCGGUGGGCCCGGGCGCCCCGAACACCUUCCGGGUGGAUUUCAGAGAAAGGGCAGCUAAGGAGAGAGUGUUAAAAAAAAGAGAACACCAGAUGCUUAUCGAUGGCAAUUUUGUGACCAUUUUCCUGGAACUCACUGAAAAUCCAAUAGAGAAGGACACAAGACCCAGAAUUUCUUCACCGGUACAGUCACAAGCAGUGGCACAGUUUGCUGAGAGGCGUCUGAGUGAGGGACAUGUUCCUGACUCUGUGGAUUCAUGUUUCCAAAAGAUCUUCCUUGCUGUAACGGCUGACCUAAACUGUAACCUGUUCUCCAGAGAGCAGAGGGCAUAUGUGACCACUCUCUGCCCCAAUGUAAAAAAAAUGGAGGGUCAUGAUGGAAUUGAGAAGGUGUGUGGUGACUUCAAAGACAUUGAAAAAAUAUAUCACUACUUGAGUGAGCAGUUCCUAGAAAGUGAACAAAAACAUGAGUCUUCACCUUCAGCAACAGAGAGGAAGCCACUCAAUCGGCAGGACGGGAGCAGCUUCAUUUUUCCAUCUGAACCAAAAACCAAGCCAGAAGAAAAAAGCAACUAUUUUGAGGUUCCCUUGCCUUUCUUUGAAUACUUCAAACAUACUUGUCCUGAUAAAAUAAACUCAAUAGAGAAAAGAUUUGGUGUAAACGUUGAAGUCCAGACUAGUUCAACAAAUACGGUCUAUGUAGACUUCACCUCUCAUCAGUCAGGCAACCUAGAAGCAGCUCGUGAGUCUUUUGUCAGUGAAUUUCAGAGGAACACAGAACCUCUGAAGCAAGAGCGUGUCUCUUUAGCAGAUAGUAAGCAGGCAAAUAAAAUCAAACAGGACUUGAACCAACAACUUACCAAGCUCCUUAUAAAGGAGAAAGGAAGAGAAUUAAUUCUCCUUGGAACCCAAGAUGACAUUUCAGCUGCCAAACAAAAAAUCUCUGAAGCUCUUAUCAAGGCACGUGUGAAAAUAUUGACUCCCUGUGGCAUGGUGAAUGGAAUUGAGGUUGAUACUGCUCGCUAUAAGCUUUUAGAAGCUGACUUAUUCCUGGAGAUUUCAAAGAUAGAGAAAAAGUACAAUACUUGCUGCAAGAUUUCAGGGAAAAAUCAGAAAACCUGCAUUCUAUUUGAACCUGAGGACAAGCAGGCAGAUCUAUCUGUGCAGGCUUAUGCAAAUUUCAUCGAUGCUUUUCAACACGCUUCAUUUUUGUUAACGAGAGAAGUUAUUUCACUGAACUCUUUGGGCAAGGAGAGAAAGCACGUACGCCAGACCAAGUUUGCUGAUGACUUUAGAAAAAGUCAUCCAAAUAUACACUUUGUGCUAAAUCAAGAAUCAAUGAUUUUGACUGGUUUACCAAAUCACCUUGCAAAGGCAAAGCAAUAUGUCUUAAGAGGAAGAGAAAUGUCUCCAUUGGCUGGAGAGAAAUCAAAUGAGGAUCAGGAAACACUCAUGGACAUUGACAGUUAUUUUUUAAAAGCAGCUUCACUUCCAUUCAAUGGCUCUUUGAGUUCUGAGGCAUCAGAAGUUGACAAAAAGGGAAAGCACAUCUGUGUUAUCUGUAUGGACACCAUUAGUAAUAAAAAAGUGUUAGCAAAGUGCAAGCACGAAUUCUGCACCCCUUGUAUUGACAAAGCCAUGUCAUAUAAGCCAAUCUGUCCUGUGUGUCAGACUUUCUACGGGGUCCAGAGAGGAAAUCAGCCAGAUGGAAGCAUGGUUUUCAGUGAGUCGAGACGCUCCCUUCCAGGUUAUGAAUCCUGUGGCACCAUUGUGAUUACUUAUAAUAUGAAAGGUGGCAUACAAACAAACGAGCACCCAAGCCCAGGAAAGAAAUAUCCCGGGACACAGCGAACUGCAUAUUUGCCUGAUAAUGAGGAAGGAAGGAAGGUUUUGAAACUGCUUCUUAGGGCCUUUGACCAAAAGCUGAUUUUCACAGUGGGGUCCUCUCGGACAUUAAACGUCUCAGAUGUCAUCACAUGGAAUGAUAUUCACCACAAAACGUCCCAGUCUGGAGGACCACAAGGGUAUGGCUACCCUGAUCCUACUUACCUGAACCGCGUCAAAGAAGAGCUGAAAGCUAAAGGAAUUGAGUAAAAGAAAACUGCGAAAAUGUAACCAAGUAUCUCAGCUUUGAAAUGCAUUUUAAAGCUUUUUAAAAACUUCUCUCAUACUCCUAAAAUGUAGCCUCAAAGCAUUGAAGAAAGUUUCUUUUCUCCCUUUUCUCAUCAGACACUCUCUUGCUCCAUGCACACUUAUCUAACUGUAUGUUUGUUUGAAGAUUAUGGGGCUAUUCUUGAAACAAAUCAGAAAUGAAGAGAGGCGUGACUCUCUCCUAUCUAGAGAUUACAUCAAGCCUGCUAAUCUGUCACCCAGCUGUAGCUGAGACAGUGUCAGCCAGCACCCCAGAUUGACAGUAACUCAAGAUAGUCAUCAGAGCAAGUCAGGCAGACCUGCACCCUACAACCCUCC